ACCUUUGUAUAUUUUGGGUGUUUUGCUAGCCAAGGCGGAGGUCAUUUGAUCAUUCAGUUGAUCACUGAGCAUCGUUGUCACACUCAAACCAUCGUACACUUCCUUUUCCCGAUCAAAUUCCAGUUCUUCCACAUUUCACCCGUUCAAUCCAUUCAUACGUACAAUUCAAUCACUCAUCUUAAUCAAUUUCAAAUCAACCAAUCAUAAUCUCAAUCUCCAUCAUCAUCAUCAUCAUCAUCAUCACCAUCACCAUCAUCAUCAUCAACAACAACAAUCAACAAUGGCGGAAUUCCUAGAGCUAGAAACACAAGAUGGAGUACGAAUGCCAUUUAACGUAAUCCCGGGCACAAAGCAAGAAUCAUCCACCGCCGUAAUACCAGUCUCUCUCCUCUACACUCCAUUAAAGCCCUUCCCUGAUCACCCAAUCCUCCCAUACUCCCCACUCCGUUGCCGUUCUUGUCGUUCAAUCCUCAACCCUUUUUCCGUCAUCGAUUUCUCCGCCAAAAUCUGGAUCUGCCCUUUUGAUUACACCCGUAAUCACUUUCCCCAACAUUACGCUUCAAUUUCCGACGAUAAUCUGCCCGCCGAACUCUUCCCGCAAUACACGACAAUUGAAUACGAACCCCCACCUGAAUCGCACGCCCAGAAUCUGACCCCACCUGUUUAUUUGUUCGUUGUUGAUAAUUGUUUGAUUGAGGAAGAAAUCGGGUACUUGAAAUCGGCGUUGCUGCAGGCGUUGGAUUUGGUGCCGGAUGAGGGUUUGAUUGGGUUUAUUACGUUUGGGAGUUUUGUUCAGGUUCAUGAAUUAGGGUUUUCAGGUGGGAUUCCCAAAAGUUAUGUGUUUAAAGGGUCUAAGGAGAUUAGUAAAGAUAAGGUAAUGGAGCAGUUGAGUUUUUUUGAUCGGAAGCCGAAACCAGGUUCUGGUGUUGUUGCUGGUGUUAGGGAUGGGUUGUCUCCGGAGAGCAUUGCGCGGUUCUUGUUGCCGGCUUCUGAGUGCGAGUUUACAUUGAAUUCGUUGCUAGAGGAGCUUCAGAAGGAUCCUUGGGGAGUGCCUACAGAUCAGAGGGCAAGUAGGUGUACAGGCACAGCGCUCAGUAUUGCUGCCCAUGUGUUGGGAGCUUGCGUCCCUGGAUCAGGAGCUAGAAUUAUGGCCUUUGUUGGUGGCCCAUCGACGGAAGGACCGGGUGCUAUUGUUUCAAAGGACUUAUCUGAGCCAAUUCGUUCUCACAAGGAUUUGGAUAAGGAUUCUGCUCCUUAUUAUCAUAAAGCCGUAAAAUUCUAUGAAGGACUUUCGAAGCAGCUUGUACACCAAGGGCAUAUUCUUGACCUUUUUGCUUGUGCUCUCGAUCAGGUUGGACUUGCUGAACUAAAAGUUGCUGUCGAGAGGACUGGCGGUCUUGUGGUCCUUGCUGAAAGUUUUGGCCAUUCAGUUUUUAAGGAGUCUCUUAAGCGUGUUUUUCAGGCUGGGGAAUACGAUCUUGGACCAGCGUCAAAUGGUAUAUUUGAAGUUAGUUGCUCAAAGGAUAUGAAGAUUCAGGGAAUUCUUGGUCCUUGUGCGUCACUUGAAAAGAAAGGUCUUCUUUGCUCAGAAACCGUUAUUGGUCAGGGCAACACCAGUGCGUGGAAAUUGUGUGGACUUGAUAAAGCUACAACUUUAUGCAUCUAUUUUGACAUCACAAAAAAGGAGAGCUCUGAUGCUAUUGGUGAAGCCACUAGCGACCAGUUUUACCUGCAGUUUUUGACUUACUAUCAGCAUAACAGUGGCCGUAUGAGACUUCGUAUUACCACUCUUUCUAGGCGAUGGAUUGCUGGUCCAGGAAGCACACAGGAGUUGAUUGCUGGAUUUGAUCAAGAAGCAGCAGCUGUUACCAUGGCACGGUUAGUUUCAUUCAAGAUGGAAAAUGAGGUAGAGUUUGAUCCUAUACGAUGGCUUGACAGAUCGCUGAUACGUCUAUGUUCAAGAUUUGGAGAUUACCAAAAGGAGAAUUCCUCCUCUUUUAGCCUAUCUCCGCGGUUUUCAAUAUUUCCUCAAUUUAUUUUUCAUCUAAGGCGAUCUCAGUUUGUACAGGUAUUCAACAACAGCCCUGAUGAGACUGCAUACUUUAGAAUGAUUCUAAACCGUGAAAAUGUAGCCAACUCAGUAGUGAUGAUUCAGCCUUCACUGAUUUCCUACUCCUUCCAAUCAUCUCCUGAACCUGUUCUUCUUGACGUUGCGGCUGUUGCUGGGGACAGGAUAUUGUUACUGGAUUCAUAUUUCACUAUCGUCAUAUUUCAUGGUGCAACUAUUGCUCAGUGGCGCAAGGCUGGAUAUCAUGAUCUGCCUGAACACGCGGCGUUUGCCCAGUUGUUGCAAGCUCCUAAAGAUGUUACCGAUGCUUUGAUGAAAGAGAGGUUUCCAGUUCCACGCUUGGUCAUCUGUGAUCAGCAUGGUUCUCAGGCUCGUUUUCUUCUGGCGAAAUUAAAUCCUUCAGCUACAUACAACUCUGGUGCCUCUAUGGCUCCUGGCGGAGAUCUCAUAUUCACGGAUGAUGUCAGUUUUGAGGUGUUCUUAGAUCACCUCCAAAGGCUAACUGUUCAAUAGAAUAGAAUUUGAUCCACAUUUUUGUACUAUUUUAUUUGAGUUUGCUGUACAGUAAUGUCUACUUUUGAUUAAGUGAGUAAUAUUAUUUGAGCUAUUACUCCUAAUAAAUGUUAGUUUUUAAGCUGAUUAGAUGUUUCAA